AUGUCUUGGAGCUGGAGGAAAAUUCUUCAGAUUAGACCGACUAUAAGGCACCUUUUUUGGCACAAAAUUGGGAAUGGCAAAUUUGUGUCGGCCUGGUUCGAUACCUGGUGUGACCUUGGUCCACUAUCUAACUUAUUUGCUUUUCGUGACAUAUUUGCUGCAGGUCUUAAUCUCAAGUCGAAAGUGUCAGAUAUUGUGGUAGAUGGGAAUUGGGUAUCGCCUAUUCGUGAUCAGCUUUCACAUCUUGCUCCCCCUUCUCUCGCUGAGGACAAUGGUGAUAAGAUUUGCUUGAGGUAUGACAAUGUUGAUCAUGAUUUUUCAGUUGCAAAUGUAUGGGAUGCUAUUCGUCCGAGAGAUGUUGAAGUUCCAUGGUUUAAGGUUGUUUGGUUUACACAUUGUAUUCCUAAACAUGCUUUCAUCUAUGAUUCUCAUGAUCACCUUUUCUUUGAGUGUCAAUUUGCGGGGAAAGUUUGGAAAGAUAUCUGUUUAAAUGUUGGGUUGGAUUUCUUUUCAUCCCGUUGGAAUGUUAUCUUGGCAAAUGUUUCUCAAUUUGCUGAAAGCAGGAAAGCGGAGUGUAUUAUUGCUAAGUUGGUGCUUGCAGCAACUACGUAUUUUGUGUGA